CUUUAUUGGCCGCCGCAGCUUCCGGUUCCGGGAGCGGCUGGUCGCGCUCGGUCCCCGGCGCCGAGGAUGGCUGGCAGCCGGCUGGAGACCGUGGGCAGCAUCUUCUCGCGGACUCGGGACCUGAUUCGGGCCGGGGUGUUGAAGGAGAAGCCGCUCUGGUAUGACAUCUAUGCCGCCUUCCCCCCGCUGAGGGAGCCGGUCUUCCGCAGGCCCCGCUUGAGAUACGGCAAGGCCAAAGCGCCCGUGCAGGACAUCCUGUACCACGAGGAUCGCAUUAGGGCGAAGUUUUAUUCAGCCUAUGGAUCUGGUCCAAAAGCUUUUGAUCUAUUCAAUCCAAACUUCAAGUCUACCUGUCAACGGUUUGUGGAGAAAUACAUUGAGCUACAGAAACUUGGAGAAACAGACGAAGAAAAGUUAUUUGUGGAAACAGGGAAGGCUUUAUUGGCAGAAGGUAUCAUUUUAAGACGAAUAGGAGAAACAAGAACUCAACAGGAAGGUGGUCCUGUUUCCAGGAAGUCUGAACGUGAGAGUGCCAGACCCCAGGCUGGGGUGGAAGAAAACCAGCCUCGGAGAGAGGACCCACAGGCCCCGCGCUUGGAGGCGUCUGCAGAUGAGUGGAAAGGCCUGCCGCCUGCCUGAGGGCCGCGGCCGCGGUGCCGCCAGCCACGCUCUGCUCCCCAGCUGAAGCCCGAGCUGUUUCGAACAGCAGAACUGUGUAAAUGUUUCUUGAUCUCCAAGGCAUCAUGUUUGCCUUUUCUUAGUUCCUGUCUCUCGGCCGUCCUAAAGCUCAGCAUCAUGGUUUGAAAGAGCUUCAGUUUUAGGACAUUACAAAUAAAGACUCCCCCUGUUGCAUACAAAGUAAAUUGACUUUGAAAUUGUAAAUAACAC